UUUUAAAGAAAACUUGACAUUGUCAAAGUGCCGCUGUGAAUAGAGCACUAGCGAAGCUUGGACGGUUGUCUUGGUAAAAUGUCGGCAGAGGAAGACACGGAGCUGCGGGACUUACUGGUGCAAACCCUGGAGAAUAGCGGCGUCCUCAACAAGAUCAAGGCUGAAUUACGGGCAGCUGUAUUCUUGGCUCUUGAAGAACAGGAGAGAGUAGAGAAUAAAACGCCAUUGGUUAAUGAGAGCUUGAAGACAUUUUUGAACACAGAGGAUGGGCGUUUGGUGGCUGGUCUUGUUGCUGAAUUUCUCCAAUUUUUCAAUCUGGACUUUACUUUGGCAGUAUUCCGACCAGAAACAAACACGUUCACUGGACUUGAUGGGCGAGAUAAUCUUGCAAGGGAACUAGGAAUUCAUGAAGGAGAUGAUUCGAAGGGAGUACCAUUAUUGUUGGAGGUGAUAAGAAACGGUCAACAAAAAGAAAAAGACACUUUCCCCUCUGACGGUGACUCACUCAAUUAUGUUCCUAAGGAGUUGUCAGCAAAACAUAUAGCAGAAGCCAAGAAAAAGUUUGAAUUUUAUGAUAAAGACAAAAAUGGUGAGAUAAGUAAAGAAGAACUGAAGGAACUAUUCAUAAACCUCUUUCCUCGCUUUCACAAGAAUAUGCUGGACAAAUAUGUAAAUGAUGAAUCUAAAGCUUUUAAUAAUGUGGUUGAUUUUGAUGAGUUUCUGGGAAUGUACAAAAGAUUGUUCGUCCAGUGCAGAAGUGUGGAGAAAGUGAGGACUGCAGAUGCUGGAGAUCAGAGUCAAGAAUGUGGUGCUGGAAAAUCUCAGCAGAUAAUCCAAGAUGAUGCUGUUACUGAUACUGUACAGUCUCGUGGCAAGCUCCCAGAAGGGAGGCAAGCUGCUUUAAGUACAGGGACCAAGAUACCUAGAUACAAAGGAACUGAUAAAGUUAAAGAGAGCGAGGAGAAAACUGGUGAGAAGUUCACUAACAUCAGCUUCAGAGAUAUCAGCGUAGCCUCUGAUGAAGUAAAAAGUGCAACCAAUCUUUCUACUGGUGAUUCAAAGAAAGGCUUCAUCCCUAAUACAACAUCCAGUCUGCCAGAGCUAAAGAAAAAUGAAAAGCUAUGCCUCGAUGAUGAAGAUUCAUUCUUUGAUGACCCAUUGCCUGAGCAAAUGAAGAUCUAUGCCUGUCCAUCACAGGGAGACAAAAGUAUUUCAGGGUUGCGUUCUUCAGGUAGCAAAAAGAAUGACAUUCAAAAAGCCAGUAACUCUGGUAAAAACAGUGAUACUGAAGAAGAUGCAGUGGAUCCCUUUGUAGACGCAGUUGGUAGACAGAGUACUCUAGAAAGGCAUGCAGAUUUGAACAGUAAACCAACAGGUGGCCUUACAUCCCUUUCAGAUGCCCCCCCUCUGAAUGCAAACUUGGCGUCUCUGGCAGGAGCAGUACCUGUAAAAGAUAUUGACAUAAAAGGAGCAGGUGAUGAAGAAGAAUAUUACGAUGAUGAUUUUGUCAGUGGCAGUCAGCGUUCAGAUAAAACCAAGAGUGAAGUGAGCAUUGGUGAAGAAAUUGAAGAGGAUAUUUCUGUGGAAGGGGAUGAUCUUUGUACUGAUGAUAAGGUCGACGAUUUGACACUGGACCACACCAUUUCUCACUUAAGUGAUGUGGCAGAUUAUAUAGAGGAAGUUGCAUAAUAGCUUCAUAAUGAAUAAUUAGUUCACUGUACAGAUAAAUGAGUAGUUUUUUGGUCACUUCUGGUGUUCUGAAGAAGCUCUAAAGCAAUGGAAAAGGAAUUAGGCUGAUAUAGAAUCCCUCCGUUAGCAGACAGUUGCUUGAAUUUCUUAAAAUCAGUUAAUCCAAAUGAAAACCAAAGACCAUGUGUUACACUCAAAACCGAUGCAAUCAGAAUGGUACUGAUGAAUAGUGCCUAUGGGGGAGUCUGAAAGUGUCCUCGGACUGUCUUCCAGUAUCCACGAGAAGAGGCUUAUACUCCUUUAGAAAGGAUCAGUUUGGUCCGAAAUUGUAAUGUAUAUAAAAAUAUUAAGUAAAAAUUAUUUUUAAUGUA